GGCAGUGUUAGCUCGGCUAUUUCGAGUAUGUCUGCCUCAAGUGGUGGCCGGGUAUCGAGAGCAUCAUCCUCUUCCUCAAGUGGUUGUUUGUCGGAUGAUAAUAAUGGCUUUGAUUCGGAAUUUACCACGGGAACUAUAAAACGAAAGCCAUCAAUGAAACCCAAUUUGCCCUUGACCACCAUGACCCGACAGCUGAAGGAGGUGGGUGAAAAUACCCAGGCUGAUAAUGAGGAUAUGAAUAAUACCUCACCGGAACAUAGCGGCACUUUGACAAGGCGCCAUAGUCGCCGUAAGUCCCAGGAAUCGAAUGGUAGUGGCACAUUGAAGAGACGUCCGGCAGGGGCAGCCACAGCGGCCAUUAUGACGGGACUGACAAAGAGAGGUUCGGCGGAGAGUAUGAAUGCAAAUAAUUCAUCGGGUUCCUCAAAUUCCACACCCACUCCAACGCCAAGUAUUUGUGCAAAGCCAUUGGUGGGGGUGAGUUCGGGAGGCUAUGGAGGCCAGCAGGAUAAUAGCCAAUUGCCACCACCACCACCUCCUUCGGUGUUGAACAGUGUGGGAGCUGGAGCGGAUGCCAUGAGUUGUUCGACCUUGUCAUUGGAUUCAUUGCCACCACCACCACCGCCGGCAGCCUUAGAUGAAGUUCAGCAGGAUGUUUAUGGUUCGCAAUUGUCGCUGGUGUCGUUGCCUCCACCACCACCACCUGAGGAGGUGCCUUUGACUCCGACCACACCCACAGCCAGUAAUGGGGGUCUGUAUUCAAUGGUGCCGGGCGGUGGUUCCAAGAUACCACCACCUGCCGUGCCAGCCAAGCCCAUAAAGCCAGCCGUCAAGGCUGCACCGCCAUAUAAAAAUCCACCAGAUUACAAGGGUUCAUUGGCUAACAAUCAAGCGCUACCACCUCCACCACCCCCAGCAACCACCACGACGACGACAACACAAAAGAAAGUCUCCUUUGCCGAUUCGCCCGUAUUGCUGCGAAGAAAAAUGCAUUCUCCCGAACCUCAAGAGCCCUUCUAUUCCCCCGGCCCUCUGCCACCACCAAGAAACGAUCUCACAAGGCUCUCAAAUUGUUCAUCAACAAUUUCAUCGGUAUCACAACAAGACUAUGGUUCUCCAAAACGCCUACAAGAAUCGAAUUCGAAUCCUCCACGGGACUUCCUCAAAGAUCUGCAAAGGGUAAUGCGUAAAAAAUGGCAAGUGGCCCAAAAAUGUAAAUUGGAACCGGCCACAACACCCCAUGAGGUAUUGGGUUUUCGUGAUUUCUCCUCGGAGGAGCUGCUGGCCCAUAGCCUUAAUUCGAAUUCGCAUUUCUAUCGGGAAACGGCCAAUGUUAGUAAUUGGGUGCAGGAACACUAUGGAGCAGGAUUGCCAUGUGAACCACCACCACCAUUGAAUGAAUAUGCCCUCUAUGAGAAUAUACAUGCGAAUAAUAGUAAUAAUCAAGCGGCGGCGGCGAUGGCGGGACAAAUGGCGCCCACUAUGGAAAAUCAGCAACAACAACAGCAACAAUAUGCCCAGCUGCCUAUGGGUAGUAGCAGUAUGCCAGCACCACCUCCACCAUUAGCCAACAGUAUGGAUAUGGCGAAACGUAAUAAACGGCCACCGCCUCCACCACCCAAACGAAGCGAUUCCACACAUCUGACACAUCGUGUUUAGUCUUUUCUGGGUACGUGCUUUCGGGCACGGGGUUUUUGGCAUAAAUGAGC